UGUGACUCUGCAAAAACAAUGGGAAGCACCUCACCCUUCUUUCAUGACCUAACAACCGAAUUGUGGCCUACCCUCAUAUGAGCCAUGGCCCAAGCAUCAAUCAUAUAGGCCAUGGCCAAGUGGCAAUCAUAUGGGCCAAGCUAUUUGAACCCGGUUUAUUUGCUACUUAACUCGGAUCUCCCGGCGAGUCAAAGUUAGUAACUCAAUCCUGCAGCCACUGUCCAGUCCUGUGUUCGACACCGUCGUGGAUUUCGGACACAGGGAGGCUGCAGAAGAAGAACAACUCAGAGUUUCCAAAACAACGAAAAUGGAAGAACUCAAGCUUAAUCAAACAAUCCGUUGCAUCGUCAAACUCGGAGGUGCAGCAAUCACUUGUAAGAACGAGUUAGAGAAGAUCAACGAAGAGAACCUUGAAACAGUUUCAUCCCAGUUGAGGCAAGCAAUGGUUUCGGAUUCUUGUUCCAGGAAAGUUAUUGGGAUGGAUUGGAGUAAGAGAGCUGGGGUUUCCGAUAUUUCUUCUAGUUUAAGUGAUUUUGGUGAUCAGGGUCAGCUCAAUGUGGAUUUUAGCAGAUUCAUUGUUGUGCAUGGAGCAGGUUCUUUUGGGCAUUUUCAGGCUAGCAAAUCUGGGGUUCACAGAGGAGGAUUGGAGCAACCUCUAGUCAAGGCUGGUUUCGUUGCAACACGCAUUUCUGUCACAACCCUUAAUCUUGAAAUUGUCAGAGCACUAGCUAGAGAGGGUAUUCCUUCUAUCGGAAUGCCUCCAUAUGCAUGUGGAUGGUCAACUUCUGAAAGAAACGUAGCUUCUGCUGAUUUGUCAGGGGUGGCCAAAGCAAUUGACUCAGGCUUUAUCCCUGUUUUACAUGGAGAUGCUGUACUUGAUGAUGUGCUGGGAUGCACUAUUUUGAGUGGAGAUGUUAUAAUUCGGCAUCUUGCAGAGCACCUGAAGCCCGAAUAUGUUGUCUUUCUUACAGAUGUUCUGGGUGUUUAUGACCGCCCACCAACCGAUGAAAACGCAGUUCUCCUAAGAGAAAUCGCCGUGGAUGAAGAUGGGAGGUGGUCUGUUGUGAAACCAACACUUCAAAGCACGAAUAAGCAAGUUAAAACAACCGCAGCAGCCCAUGACACAACUGGGGGAAUGGAGACCAAAAUAUCGGAAGCUGCAAUGAUUGCAAAACUUGGAAUCGAUGUCUACAUUGUAAAGGCCGCCACAAGCCACUCGCUGAGAGCCUUGAGUGGGGAACUGAGACGUGACAUACCCGAAGGCUGGCGUGGGACGGUUAUCCGUUUCUCAAGAGAGAAUAAAUGUUGAAAUUGAUGUGGGCAUACCUUAUUGACUUUGCCCCCUAAUUGGAGCAUAUGACUGGUACAAUGCACCUGAUUUUUGGAAAUGUUUGACAAGUCUCCGGACUGAAUUAUGUAAUCCAAUGUGAGCAAACUAAUAAACAUAAUUUUCACCUUUACAAGCCACUUCCAUUGUUA